AUGGCCCACGACAUCUCCGCCAUUUUGGACGAGCAGAGCCAGGAGAACGUGGCACGUGACCUCGCCGUCAUAGCACAGUCCAACUGCUUCUACGUCAAGCUUUUUUUGGCGCUCUACGUGCGUGUGCUUGAGCAGAGAUCCGCAGUCAUCGAUGCGCUAUACGAGCUCUACUGCGAGCCGCGUAUUUUGAGUGCCCGCGAGUUGCCACCAACCGCAGCCGAUACGUUGCAAUAUUCUGUGGAUGCAGGCGGCGAGACCGUAGCUAUACGGGAAACCCCGAGGGUCAUUUCGGGGGCCGGAACCACGGGGUUGCGCACGUGGGAAGCGGCCUUAUAUAUGCUGAACUAUUUGAACAACUCCGCUUCCUUCAGCCUCAUCUCCCGAGGCAAGCGCAUUUUGGAGUUGGGCACGGGCACGGGCCUCGUGCUGCUUGCUCUCUUGAAAAAACACAGCCAGCACCAGUUUGCAAGUAUUGCGUUGACUGACGGCGACAGUGCGCUCUUGGAGAACCUUCCGGCCACGUUUGCAUUGAACGGCCUCCCGCCGCGCGUGCCUGUCAAUGUCAGCCAGCUCAUCUGGGGCGAGGAGCUCCUGUAUAGCGAAGCCAGUGGUGGUCCGGGGCGUGCUCCGGCGGACAUCGUGGUGGCUGCCGACGUGACAUACGAUUCGCUGGUGGUGCCGUCUUUGUGCGACACCAUGGCCCAGUUUUUUCAGGCGGGUGCCUCGGUGGCAUAUGUGGCGGCCACCAUCCGAAACACUGCCACCAUCGAAGUGUGGGAAGCGGAGCUCGACCGGAGGUUCUCGUGGACAAUUUGCGACGCGGUGGCAGAUCCUCACGGCAGUGAAUUGACCUGCUGGUUCCGCCGAGGUACACCGGAGAUCCGCGUCUACGAGAUCAGGGGAGGCCGGGCGAGUGGAGUGUAA